AUGUCUACAAUCUUACCCAUGUCAACAAUUACACUUACUGGUUCGGUUUCAAAAUUUUCCAUUCCGACAUUGAAGUUCAUCGGAAGGAGUAUGGAUUUGAGCUCAGGACUUCAAAUUAGUGGAUUUUUUGAAGUCGAGCAAAUAAACUGCCCCUAUUUCAUUUACAGAUGUUUCAUCCUAGUGGGGACUAACUAUAAUGAUGUCGCUAUAGAGUAG